UUCUAAACUCGUACGGGAAACAACUUCGGGAAACAUAAAAUACAAAACUCAAAAUUGUACGAUAAUAAUAAUUAAAAUAUACUUUUCUUUUUCGGGAAACAAAUGUUUCGACUCGGGUCCAUUGUGCGCUGCAUCGAUGCGCUGUCGGUGCGUCGUUUGAUGGCCAGGAGCUACGGCUCCGCAUUGGCUGCCGUAUUGCCGAAUCGUUCGAUGCCGCUGGAGCAGAAACAAUCGUCAAAGCUAGAUGAGGACAAACUGUCGAGUGAGAAGAUUAUUGGACGCAGCUACAGCGAAGCGUUGGAGCUGAAGAUGGCGAGUGCCAAGGAAGAUGCUCAGGAAAUAGUUGAUGAGUUCACCGCUGAAGCCAAGGAUAAGGGCAAGAAGGCGGUGGAAAAGGGGAAGGCAGGCAAGUCUGCGGGUGGCGAUGGUGCCAAGGAGCCGCCAAAAUCACCACCGGCCAAGCCAAAGGCUAAGGAGGAACGCUUCAAGUCCUUCGAGAUCUAUCGCUGGAAGCCAGGCGAUGAGCCCUCGAUGCAAACCUAUCGCAUCGAUCUCAAUGAUUGCGGUGCCAUGGUGCUUGAUGCCCUCAUUAAGAUCAAGAAUGAAAUGGACGCCACGCUGACCUUUCGUCGAUCGUGCCGCGAGGGCAUCUGCGGCUCGUGUGCGAUGAAUAUCGAUGGCAUCAAUACGUUGUCGUGCAUCACGGCCAUCGAUACGAAUGUGGGUAAGCCAUGUCGCAUUUAUCCACUGCCACAUCUGUAUGUGAAACGUGAUCUGGUGCCGGAUUUGUCGCAAUUCUACGAUCAAUAUCGGUCGAUUCAACCGUGGCUGCAGCGCAAGAAUCUCGAUCGCGAGAUCGGCAAGGCGCAAUAUUUGCAGGCUCUCGAGGAUCGCGAUAAGCUCGAUGGUCUCUACGAGUGCAUUCUGUGCGCCUGCUGCCAGACCUCGUGUCCAUCCUACUGGUGGAACAGCGAAAAGUAUCUGGGACCCGCCGUCCUCAUGCAGGCCUUCCGCUGGAUCAUCGAUUCACGUGACGAGGCCUCCGAGCAUCGGUUGUGCCAGCUAAUCGAUCCCUAUAAGCUAUAUCGCUGCCACACCAUACUCAAUUGCACCAAUACGUGCCCGAAGAAUCUCAAUCCGGCCAAGGCUAUCAUCUCGCUGAAGCAGAUGCUGGCUGGCAUGAAGAAGAAGCCGCCACCGAAAAUGCAGACUGAUCAAAUGUUCCCGACGUCGGGUUAAGCACAAGUUUUCAUUUUACUCUCUUCACUCUACAAGUCUACAAUACAUUUUUACAUUAGAAUUGAUUAAUCUACACUGUUCGAGAUUAUUUUUCCAUCGUCUGCAUUCUACACAUCAAGCAACUCUACACGAAACUACAUUCGUUGCCUAUAUUCUACACGAUUGUACACUUCUCUACACUACUCUCUUUACUCCACACUACCGUAAACUACUCCACACUUCUGUAUACGACUGUGAACUACUUUAAUCUUCACAAUUCUGUGCUGUCCUCCACUAUUUCAAACUGUUCUUAUAGAAUCUGUUUAUCUUAAAUGCAUUGAACCGUUCUAGGGAAACACGUCAAAAUUUAUGAAUUCGAUUUUACAUCUGGAAACUGUAUUGCAAACUAAAAAUAAAACACACAACCUAACAUUUGUUAAACAUGUUCGAUAAUAAAAAAAUGUGCAAUGAAA